AUGCCAGGAAUGUUGGCGUCACCACAUUUGGAAGAUUUAGGUGGCGUCUUACGCCUUUAUUCAGGUUUUAUGGAUCACCAUCUUUCUGAUGUACGGGAACGCACCUUUGACGCGUACGCCACUGGUGAUCACGCACUUGCAAUCAAGUUGGGUUAUUUCACGAGGCGGCUUAAGACAUCUCAUCAGUAUGUGAUAUCAGAAGUUGAAAGCAUGGUAUUAGAGGUGAAGCACUCAGUAGAAAAGUUUGGGAAACUAAAGGUUAGGAUUCUUCCUGUUGGAAUAUGGACAUUUGAUGGUGAAAAUGUGGUUUACAAAAAUCGAAAAAUGCAGUGUGAAUCGUUAAGGAAAAGUUACUGGUCUCGAACUAUUGAGAGGAGGUCUCUGCUUCUUAGCCUGAUCACUUAUGCUCUCCAGUCUCCUCCAGUAUGUGGGAUGAAAGUAUUCUCUAAUACUUCCCACAAAAUUUUAAAGCUUCAUGAGAUUAAUAAUAAAUAUUUGGAAAGCCUUGAGCUGACUCGUGAUGAAGCAUUAGAUUUGAUUACUAAAGUUGCAGAGGGCAAGCCGUUUGAGAACGAAAAGGUAGAUAUUAUCAGUUUGAUGACCUAUGGGGUCUUCAGCUCAGAAGAUACUGUUCAACUUGAUAUGGUGAGUCGGAUGAUUUCCACGUUCGUAGCUGAUAAGCUCGAGGACAAGCAAUUGCCGAUAAGCUUUCGAGGAGAUGAUUUAGCACUUUUGUCUCAAAUAGUUGCAGAACCUUUAGCCUGGAUGAAUCUUCUGUUUGAGGUCUGUAUCGAGUUCUAUGGGUCCAAGUCAAAGAAUCUCAAGAGGAGUAACAAGGAACUCAUAGGCAAUACAUUUAUCCAGUCAAUUAAAUGUUUGAUUGGUGAGUCCACUAAAAUAAUAGAUGGCAUUGAAGCUGCAUUGAAUAAAGAGCUUGCCGUUCCAUCAACUGGGUGGCAGGAUUUUCUAUCUUCAGGAGUCGAGGAAAAAGAGACUGGUCCAGGGCAGUUUAUCAAAAUUCUAGAGACAAUGUGUGCCUCUUCAAAUGUACCUACUAUUCAAGAUGUAAAAAGAGAGUGGAGCUGCAAAACUGUAAAAGGGGAGAUAUUGUCGGCCCAGAGAAAGACUUUGGAGGGGAUUUAA